AUGGCGGCCGAACAGCGCAGACUGCUCGAACAGCUGAUGGGCGACCAACUCAUGGCAGUCCCCGGCACCAAGAAACAACCCACACUCACCCUCACCGACCCCAAAGUCUGCCGCUCAUAUCUCGCAGGCUCCUGCCCCCGCGACCUCUUCACCAACACCAAAAACGACCUCGGACCAUGCACGAAAUCUCACCUCCCCAACCUUCGCGAAGAGUACCAAGCACUGCCCGAAGAGAAGAAGCGCGAGCUAGGCUUCGACUUCGACUACAAAUACGACAUCCAACACCUUGUGCGCGCCUGCGACGCCACGAUCGAGAAAUUGCAGGGCCGGCUGGAGAAGACGCAGGAAGAAGUUCGCCAGACUAAUGCUCUGCUCAAAGCGAUCAACGACUUCCGCGGGACUAUCGAAGCCACUCUGACGGAAAUAGAGAUUCUGGCGGAGCAAGGCGCGGUCAAUCUGGCGGUGCAGGAGCACUAUAAGCUGCGGACGGUAAAGCUGCAGAAGGAGGAGAAGGAGCGGGAGCUAAAGACGCUGACGGAUACUUCGGGACCUAGUGGGCACCAGAAGCUGCAGGUGUGCGACGUGUGUGGUGCGUAUCUGAGCAGGUUGGAUAAUGAUCGGAGGCUGGCGGAUCACUUUUUCGGAAAGAUGCAUUUGGGGUACGCGCAGAUGCGGAAGGAGUAUGAUCGGUUGACGAAGGAGUUGAAGGGGAGGCAGCCACCGGUGAGGGAUGAGCCGAUGCCGGAUGCGCCGCCUGGGAGAGGGUACGAUGAUCCGUAUGGCGGUGGUGGUGGGUACAGCAGGGGUGGAGGUGGGUAUGACGGUGGAGGGUAUCGUGGGCGUGGUGGUGGUGGAGGCUACAGGGGAGGGAGGGGAAGAGGUGGGUAUGGACCGCGCUACUGA